CCGGUCUCUGCUUUUACUGAAGCCUCUGCUUCUCCAAGUCAUUGCGCUUCUGACAGCACUCGCGUCUCCAUCACCUUCUGCCGCUGUCUUGUUACUCUUUCAACCUUUUUGCUCUCUGACAUUUUCAACGGAUCCUGUACACACCCCAGGUUACAAGCGUUGGUCCCUUGCCUCCGCGUUCAUCCCCUGGUCACACAAAUAUCUGAGUAUUUGCAGAAAGAAAUCUUGUAUGAAGCCGAUGAUGCUGGACCUCCACUAUUGCUGUCCAUAUUUGAUCCAACAUGUCCCUGAAAGUUCAGACGAGCAACAUCACCAACAAAAACGACCCCAAAUCGAUCAACUCGCGCGUGUUCAUUGGAAACCUGAACACAGCCGUGGUGAAAAAGAGCGACGUCGAGACCAUCUUCUCCAAAUACGGCCGCGUGCUGGGCUGCUCGGUUCACAAGGGUUACGCCUUCAUUCAGUACGCUAAUGAGAGACACGCUCGCGGAGCUGUCAUUGGAGAAAAUGGACGCGUGCUUGCUGGACAGACCCUUGAUAUUAACAUGGCAGGGGAACCCAAACCCAACAGGCCGAAAGGACUGAAGAGAACCGCAGCAGCAUUGUACAGUGGUUUUGAUUUCGACUACGAUUACUACCGAGAAGAAUUCUACGACAGACUGUUUGAGUACCGAGGAAGAGUAUCACCAGUGCCCAGGGUUGUUCCAGUGAAGCGCCCUCGUGUGGCGGUGCCAGUUGUACGCAGAGUGAAAUCGUUACCUGUCAAACUCCUGACCAGAUCCGCCAUCCUUCCCAACAGCUCUGUCAAAAACAAAUUGAAGUCUACCGAGCUGCAAGCCAUCAAAUCAGAACUGACUCAGAUCAAGUCCAACAUUGAUGCGCUGCUGGGGCGUCUCGACCAGAUCACAGAGGACAAAUAUUGUGCCACAGAGUUUCAGAAGGCAGAUGAAAUGAAGAGUGAAAUGUCUCAGGAUGAGUCGGGCUCAGAAUCAGACGAGCUUCAACACAGUGAUGGUGAAGAAGUCGAGGACCACAUACUCGAGGACGACGAUGACAUGGAAAACAAUCACAUAUCUGAAAUGGACUCCAUCCUUCAAUAAAAGCGGGGAGUUGGAAAACACUGUCAACUGGAAACUUUUUUAAUACCACGGACUCAGCAGGAAGACACUGAAAACAACAGGCGCCGUCAAAACUCCAGCAUCGACUGUCAGUGAGACCGACAGCUAAACUAGCUGUUCAGUGGUAGAGAGGUGGGGGGGCGACGUCCCCUAAACUAGGAAUCCAUUUCAAAAAGGCCACAGUUCCUUACCAGAACGCCACAUCACACAUCCAGUAAAAGGAGGAUCAAUUUCCCAGACAUUCUGCAUUUACUCUCCCAAAAAACAUUUGUUUUUGCAUUUUUGGCACCUCAUAUGUAAAUACGGCUAUCUUGCCCCCUCCUGUAUGUUUGUGCUUUUCCUAAAUGUUUUUCAUUUUAUUUAUAUGCCAAUUGUAAUCAGAACGGUUGGCUAUUUUUAAUUACGUGUGCAUAAUUCUUCUGCUUGCACUUUCGAGACUGCAAGAGAUAGUAACAGAUGUAAAUAAACUGAUGACUUGUGAAACACAGUGUUGCAGAGUGAUCAGUGUUCAGCGCUGGAUGUCGUUGACAUGUCAAUACAUUGUCCCUAAUUUCAACAAAUAAAAUACGUUAUUGGGCAUGUGCUGUAAAAUAAGGUACUAUUGUGAAUUGUUGUAAGGAGACAGUUUUGAACACUGAUUUAUUGAAGUCUGUUUCCAAUUUGUUGAAAAUGCAAAUUUGAUAUACUUUGACUUUGACCAAAAGUAAAGUAAAGUAACCUGAAAUUUUAGGCGGUCUGUUCCGAAAUUUGUGUGAAAUGAAAGUUUGACAUCCUAUGAUUUAAACCCACGAGAAAAAGUAAAGUAACCUGAAUUAUAGGUUUCAAACAGAGAUGGCAAUAGAGAGGCAAAGUUACAUAUUACAGCAUUAAAGGGACAGUUCACCAAAAAAUAAAAAAUCUGUCAUCGUGUACACACCCUCUUGUUCUAUUUGUUUGAAUUUUGUAUUGACUUUGUUGUUCUGAGGAACACCAUUUCACCAGUUCUUGGCCACCAUUGACUUUCAUCGUAGGAACAUUUUGACUACCAUCUAAAUAUUUCCUACUUUCUUCAAAAUAUCUUCUUUUAUGUUCAUCAGAACAAAGAAAUUAUAAAAAAAAUCCUACUAUGGUAUGGUGGCCAAUAAGUGUUUGUUUACAAGCAUUCUUCCAAAUAUCUCUCUCCGUGUUCACCAGAACAAAGAAAUGUAUAUACAGAUUUGGAACAACUUGAGGGUGAGAAAAAAGCAGUUUUUAAGGGUGACCCGUGCCUUUAAAUUGCCCGAUUUUGAGGAUUUCAAGUUACAGCAUGAAACUCCCUCAAAUUAUAUUGAUUACAUUUGGCAUGUGACCUCAAAUCUUCCUUGUGUUCCACAAGUAUACUGCAU